GCCCUGAAAUGGCAGACAUAAUAGACAUUUUGAACUCUAGAACGAAACUACUCCUAUUGCAACUCAUAUAACUGAGUAAAAAUUCAGUGAACGAGACUUUGAAAUUCAUUAUGCCACGACCAUGCCGCGAAUCCUACGGGGACCAGAAGCCUCCGUACUCCUACAUCUCUCUGACCGCGAUGGCCAUCUGGAGCUCCCCGGAGAAGAUGUUGCCGCUGUCGGACAUCUACCGCUUCAUCAGCGAGCGCUUCCCGUACUAUCGCCACAACACGCAGCGGUGGCAGAACUCGCUCAGACACAACCUCAGCUUCAACGACUGCUUCGUCAAGAUCCCGCGGCGACCCGACCGUCCGGGCAAGGGUGCCUACUGGGCGCUGCAUCCCGCUGCUCUGGACAUGUUCGAGAACGGGUCCUUCUUGAGGAGAAGGAAAAGAUUCAAGUUGCCAAAAAUCGAGAAGGCUUUGUUGGAGAACACGCUCUCCAAGACUGCUCCUAAAGUUCCUCAAAGUUCUGCCAGCAAGUCUUUCAGCAUCGACAGCAUCAUCUCCACUCCGUCCAUACCUCCGGUUGCUCCGCCGGUGAUGCUACCCCACCACUACUACCCUCCGGUGUGCCUACCCCCGGUCGCACCCUUGUUCAACCCCGGGUACGCUGCUCUCUACGCCUUCGCCCUGCAGCAAGGUCUCCUAGCGCCACCGCUGGUUGGACCGCUGCUGCCCCCUGCCGCGGAGAUUGACAACUCCUGCUCAUCUACAGAGUCAACUCCCACAGGGGAAGGAUCCAGUAGGGCGACAGUACAGGAGCUGCCAGACGACUGGACACCACCAGUAGGGCUGAGCCCCCGAGAUAGGGACGCCGUGGACGACCCUAAGCCACUGCCUCCCCUUGGACCGACCCCCCUGGUGCAGCCCCCUGCCACCCAGCCUCUGCCGAGACCGCCAUUCUGGAUACGCUAGCUUCAACUCCGUCUAGUGAAAACUAUUGACAGUUUGCACUUUUAACUUCGACUCAUUCAUGUGUAAAAAAUCAAAUAUUGUUAUGAAUUGUGAUGUCAACGAUUAUUAGUCUUCUAAGAUGUAUUUAUUAGUUACUUUAAUUCGAUUGUUCAGUGACGUAUUGCAAACACAAUGUGAUAGAUUUUGUAAUAAGUGAAAAUGUAUAAAUAUAUUUCAUUUGUGGCAGUUUUGGCAAAAAAAAUAUACCAAAAUAACGAACGA